AUGGUGUAUCAUGGUUCCAAAAAAUUGGAUAGAGGGACAAGGUCCGCAUCUGAAUUAGAAGCACUUAGAGUGCAGUGGGAGCUUCAAAAAAGCCUUCACGAGCAACUUGAGGCGUAUUACUCCCUCCUCAUAUGCCUGCCUCCGUUAUCCUUUCAAAGGGAGUUGCAGCAACGAGCUAAAGAGAAUGCACGACAGCUGCAAAAGUUGCUGGAGGAACAAAAGAAAGUGGGAGAAGCACUCAUGCUUGCAAGCCAAUCAUCAUUUUCUACAAUAAAUCCGGCAACCACUGAUGGUCCCUCAUCUUCUCGUCUAGAUUUGGUUAAGGGUCAGUUAAAUAACAGUGAUGCAUCAUUGAGAUUAUCACCACCUUCUUCGAAGAAAUCAAGGGUCGAACUAGGGACACCAACGCUUAGGUAUUGA